AUGGCGCUGAACCAGGACGUGGACCAGUUGUCGAAGAGUAAUCUGGUAGUAAGAAUCGAUCAAAAUUCGGAAUCGGAUCUACAAGCGCUGUUCGACAGCGUCUUGAAGCCAGACUCGAAGCGUCCGCUGCAAGUACCACUGCGCAUGCGCAAUCUACCAGAUUCUUUCUUUAAUCCACCGUCGACGGGUAGCAAGAGCCCCUCGAUUUCGCAUUCCCGGGAGAACUCGGCAGAUUCGGCGUUCGGUACAGCGGUGGCGGCGGUAGCGGUCGGCGGUGCCGGGCCAACACCCGGUGGGAACGCGACCGGUGCACCGGCUACCGGAGCAGCAGGUGCGGCUACUGGUGGAAGUGGGAACACUACUGGUACCGGAUCGAACGCUGCAGGUGCGGCUGCGGCUGCAGUCGCGGCAGCGGCCGUUGCCAGCCUCACCGUUGCUCAUCCUCGCGCCCACAGCAGCCCGGCAUCGCUUCAGCAGACCUACGCCUCGGCUCAGCAGGCGCCUCAGCACGCGCCCCAGCCGCACGCGCGUCAUCAUCAUCACCAGAAGCAACGCAGCUACGACGUCAUCAGCACGGUCGACGACCUAGGUCCUCUGCCGCAUGGAUGGGAACAGGCGCGCACCCCCGAGGGACAAAUCUACUUCCUCAACCACCUGACGCGAACCACGACAUGGGAAGAUCCACGGAAAACAGCGGCUGCGGCGAACGUGGCGGCCGCGGCUGCCGCCGUCGACAAUGGAAAAUCCACGACCGGCGCCACCAAUUCUCUAGGUCCAUUGCCUGACGGAUGGGAGCAAGCGCGUACUCCCGAAGGAGAAAUCUACUUUAUUAAUCAUCAGACACGCACCACUUCGUGGUUCGAUCCAAGAAUCCCCACGCAUCUACAAAGGCCUCCGACUUCAGGUGCCAUGUUACCACAAAGUUGGCUUCAACAGCCAACCGCGGCCGGUGGUAUUCAGAGUAAUCAAACAUUGCAGGCGUGUCAACAGAAACUCCGUCUGCAGUCGCUACAGAUGGAACGCGAGCGUCUGAAACAACGGCAACAGGAAAUUAUACGUCAGCAAGAGUUGAUGCUUCGACAGAGCACCACCGACGCCGCUAUGGACCCAUUUUUAUCAGGGAUCAACGAGCAACAUGCACGCCAGGAAAGCGCGGACAGCGGCCUGGGACUUGGCUCUGCUUAUUCUCUUCCUCAUACACCAGAAGAUUUCCUUGCAAAUAUCGACGACAACAUGGAUGGUACAAGCGGUAAGGUGUUCCUGUAUGUGAUGGAUGUUCCUUAUAUAGGAAGAGACAACCACUCGUUUGCCAUAAACUUUGCACUCGUUUCGCAAACGGUAAAAUUGAAAUUCUUUCUUCCUUUUCUCUUUCGCAGAUGGUGGCGCACCCAUGGAGACCCCAGACCUCUCUACUCUGAGCGAUAACAUCGAUUCGACCGACGAUCUUGUUCCAUCGUUGCAGGUAAAAUUUAUUAUUAAAUCUCCGUGUGUAGAAGUACUUACAACAAGGGUUUGUUGUUGCGAAUAUUAGCUUACUUUAUCCACGUGUUUGUAAUUUCGUUUUUAGCUGAGCGAAGAUUUUAGCAGCGACAUAUUGGACGACGUGCAAUCGUUGAUAAACCCUAAUACGACGAAACCUGAAAACGUGCUGACAUGGCUGUAA